GCGUCCGUCGCUUCGUUUCCGUUUUUUUCUCUUCUCCUUCCCUUCUAUUCUCCAACUUCUUUGUGUGAUACCAAUUCUUGUACAGUUACUUCUUUUUAACCCUUUAAUCACCUUGCAUACACAUUCAUCAUGGGAAAGCCGGCCUCUUUCGCUCCCGGUGACGCUGGCAAGGGUGCUAAGCUCUUCCAGACCCGUUGCGCUCAGUGCCACACCGUCGAGGCUGGCGGUGCCCACAAGGUCGGCCCCAACCUGCACGGUCUCUUCGGCCGUAAGACCGGUCAGGCCGAGGGAUACGCCUACACCGACGCCAACAAGCAGGCCGGUGUUACCUGGGACGAGAACACUCUGUUCUCCUACCUCGAGAACCCCAAGAAGUUCAUCCCCGGUACCAAGAUGGCCUUCGGUGGUCUCAAGAAGCCCAAGGAGAGGAACGACCUCAUCACUUACCUCAAGGAGAACACUUCCUAAAAUUACGCGAUGAUGUCUGCAUAAAAAUUUCCUUUAAUGUUCUCAACCCGUUCCGUGGAUCGAUUGCGCGCCCUGUGGUAAUAGCAGUUUGUGGAUGGUCUAUCGGACAGGGCAUGUAAUAUUAUCACGUUUCCUUGUUUUUCUCUUCUCUCUACAUGCAAUAGACCGGUAUUUCUCUGUGCUGGGCCUGGAUAUCAUUAUAGUCAUGUUUUAUUACAGGACUUGGUUUAUGGGUUUCCUUUUUUUGUUUGUUCAUUUGCCGUGUGUAUCAUGAUUAACCGUUAGGUCAACGAGGCCAGUUCCUACUGAGCCAGUAACGAAUACAAAACAUCUCCU